UUUAUGUAUUAAACGGAUCAUUGAAAUCAUUCUCUGUCUCACUAAACAGACAUUGCGAUAACACGUCAGAACUCACACAACUUGAAUAUACAAAUUGCUAAGAGAUAUCGUCCAAUUUCUAUAUAUCUUUCGUCGAGUUUUCCAGUGGAAACCAGGGGACUAUUUCACGUCCGCGUAGAGUGGAAAAGCAAAUUACAGUGCGCAGUGUAACUGACGCACGGUGAUUGUUGUGACAGAAGUGGAGAAGAAUAUCAUCGUAUCGUCGUAUUUCCAGUUCAGAAUCAUCGUAUGAGUCGAUAGGAAAAAGAUUUUGAUAACCCUAGAGAAGAAACGAUUUUAUUAAAGUGCACGGGUCUCGUGCAAGCGUGCGAGAACGAUGAAGUUUCAUUACAAGGAGAAACACUCUUUUGAAAGAAGGAAGGUCGAGGGUGAAAAAAUUCGACGAAAAUAUCCCGAAAGGGUUCCCGUUAUCGUUGAGAAGGCUCCAAAAGCUAAAAUUAGUGAUUUGGAUAAACAAAAAUAUCUAGUACCAUCUGAUUUGACUGUGGGACAAUUUUACUUUUUAAUCCGUAAACGAAUUCACUUACGUCCAGAAGAUGCUCUCUUCUUCUUUGUGAACAACAUUAUUCCUCCAACAAGUGCUACCAUGGGAUCUCUUUAUGCGGAACAUCAUGAAGAAGAUUUUUUCCUCUAUAUAGCAUACAGCGAUGAGAAUGUGUAUGGACACUAAUUCACAAAUAUAAAGAAGACAACAUCCAAACAAAAGAGCAGACAGAAAUUUGCCAUCUACAAUAACGUAGUCCUUUUAGAAGCUUUUGGAAGUGUUAACAAAAUUACAUCUUUAAAUUAUUUUGAAUGAAAAUUAAAAUUCUAGCACUGUAUACUAAUUUAAGCUUGCUUCCUUAAGAUAAAUUGGACGCGUUCGUCUGCCAAAUAUA